AUGGAGACCUUUUUGGCAUUGCUAGUUGAUGAAUCAUGUGAUGUAUCACGCAAAGAGCAAUUAGUUAUUAUCUUGCGAUAUGUUAAUGGAUGCGGAUAUGUGGUGGAGCAUUUUACUGGGAUCGUUCAUGUUCGUAUUACUAGUGCUUUGUGUUUAAAGGAAGCAAUUGUUGAUUACCUUGCUCAAUAUUCUUUGAGUUUAUAUUAUGUGUAUGGACAGUGCUAUGAUGGAGCAAGCAACAUGCAAGGGAAUUUACGUGGCCUCAAAACUUUGAUUCAACAAGAAAGUAAAUCUGCUUAUUCCAUUCAUUGUUUUGCACACCAACUUCAAUUGACUCUUGGUGCAGUAUCCAAAAAGUGUCUUGAAGUGGAAGAACUUGUAUUGUUGGUUUCUAAUGUAUUGAAUAUAGUGGGAGGUUCUUUUAAACGUAUGGAUGAUCUUCGAGAAUCUCAAGCAGAAAAAGUUCAAGAGGCAUUAGACAUAGGUGAACUUGAAACCGGUAGGGGUUUGAAUCAAGAACUUGGUCUUGCUAGAGUUGCCGAUACUCGUUUGGGUUCACACUACAAAUCUUUUAAGAACUUUAUUUCUAAGUUUCGCUCAAUUAUUGAUGUUCUUGAUAUUAUCGUUGUUGAUGCCCGGACUUUAGAAGAAAGAGCUAAGGCAAAGGGAUAUCUUAGCACUUGUCAAACAUUUGAGGAGCAAGAUAUUACAAAUGCUAUUCUACUUGUUGAAAUGGCAAAGAGACGGUUACAAAAGCUAAAAGAAGAAGAAUGGGAUUCACUUAUUAAUAAGCUUGAAACUUAUAUUAUUGAUGUUCGUGUUGUUGAUGAAAGGUUCUCAAAUCUACAAGGACUUGUUGAUCUUUCUGAAACAAUCGUUAGGACAAAGAAGCAUUUGAAUUAUCCAUUUGUGUUUCGCCUUGUGAAAUUUGCUUUGCUUCUACCUGUUACCACUGCUACAGUUGAAAGAACUUUUUCGGUGAUGAAGUUGAUCAAGAGUGAAUUGUGA